CUCGCAAGCGGUGGCUGGGCAUGCUUAUAGAGCGGGCUAAAUGGGUGCGACACGGGCUAGAGAAGAGAUUGACAGAUCUGGAGCAGCGUGGACGUCCCGAUGACCUGUACCAGAGGUGUCAAGAUCGACCUCUGUGGAGGAGGCUCGUGAAGGACGCUACUGGGCAGUUGGAGGCAGUCGCCCUCCAGCAGUAAUGGAGGGUGGAGGACGCUCACAACAACGAGCAGAGCGCCGGGCGACUAAACCGCUGUAAGUUGGCAUCGUGGGGAGCACAGGCGGUGCAUCUCAGUCAGUGGACCCAUGUCACCUGGGUCUGUCCCGUGCCUCCUGCCAGUAGAGGACCUUCGACACGUCACGUGGUCUCACGUUGCACCUAGUCUGGCACAGGCGCUGUGGUUACGUCACCCCCCCCCCCCCCCCAAUUAGUGUUGUUGUGUUGGUUUCGUAUUUACUCAACGUAUAGUUCACGUGUUUACCUGAAUGCGGUUACCUGUCCCCUCCACCCCUCCCCCACCGUGCUGCAGGAACUGAGAGCCCAGGUGGAGGAUUCGCGAUGCGGAGAAGAGGUUAGAGGAAGAGGUGGACGAAGAGAGAGUAAAUGUGAAGACGAGGAGGGGGACAGAGGCACUAGAGAAGGAGAGGAGGAGGGUGGAGUGAGAGGAGGAGUGGUCACGUGCCCCUGGAGCCAUGAGACUCGGGUUUGUCCUCUGCUGGUGUCUCAUUCACUUGGGCGCCUCGCGGGCAGUUUGCCCGGACCGGGACCCGACGCUGAUUGGCUGGAACCCGGGUCACAACCCCGAGAACCGCGUGCUGAUUGGUCGAGGGAGGCGGCUGCUGCUGGUCGCCUCGGCAACCGUGCACUCGCUGCACAUCCUGCACGGGGGGAGGCUGGUGAUAGCGGACGGACUGCGCGAGCCGCUGGUGCUGCGUGCACGCCACGUGCUCGUGGAACUGGGCGGGGAGUUGCACGUGGGCAGCGAGGGCUGCCCUUACCGGGGCAGCGCCACCCUCGUCCUGUACGGACGCUCGGAUGAAGAGGCGGAGCCCGCUGACCCCCAGUUUGGCCGCAAGUUCGUGGGGGUCGGCCCGGGGGGUACCCUGGAGCUGCACGGGGAGAGGAAGCUCUCGUGGACCUUCCUCAACAGGACCCUGGUGCCCCCGCGGGGAGCCCUGGGAGACUCGGAGCGGGGACCCGCGGACUACGACUUUGAGCGGAGCUGGGGCCACAGAGGUCUCGUGGUCCACGCCAUCGCCCCCACCACGGGCGAGGUGCUGUGGGUGGACAGGUUCGACACGCACCGGCGCACGGAGGAGGGCAAGCGCCUGGUGUCGGCGCUGUCGCGCUCCCGGCCCGGCACGCUGCUCGCUGUCGCCGUGAACGACGAGGCGGCCAGGGACCUCGAGGGCAACGCCCGGGCUGCGCUGAGCGCCCUGGGGGCCCGGUACGCUGGCCAGCUGACAUUCAGGAACCCGUGGGCGCUCGUGGUCGUGCAGGGAGACCCCUCCACCGCUGUGGAGGCUCACGCCACGUACCAAGGUGAGCGCACCCCUGUCUCGGCCGCCGUGUCCACGCUGUUGAGAACGCGCGACGGAGCCUACUUCAGCGUGAGCGCAGUGAGCGAGUGGGCCCCAGGCCCCGAGGAGUGGAGUCCGUGGCUGGCGCGGCCCGGGAGGUCGCGCGGCCCCGAGCGUCUCUUCGAGCUGCAGGCGCUCCACCGCGGCCUGCUCUGCGACCGGCCCUCCCGGGUCGAGGUGCGCGCACGCCACGGCGCCGCCGUGACGGAGCUGCAGGCCGAGCUCGUCCUCAAGAGCCUCAAGGUGUUCGGCUUCUCGUGCCGCCCCCGCGCGCGCCCAGACUCCCCCUGCCCCCCCUACCUCGUCAGGUUCCUGUGCGCCGGCCGAGUGUGGCCCCGCGUGCACGUGCGGGUUCAGCGGCUGCGCAACUGCUCGGUGCUGGAGGUGGCGGACGACGCGCGGUCGUGGCGCCCGGGAGACGAGGUGGUGGUGUCCAGCACCGACUUCUCCAUGCACCAGGCGGAGCGCUUCUCUCUGCUGCCGUGCCCCGAGUGCGCCCCCCGGCAGCUGAAGGCCGCGGGGCUGGCCCGCUACGUGCACGUGGGCGGCGAGGUGGACGGCGUGGACAUGCGCGCCGAGGUGGCGCUGCUCACGCGCGGCGUCGUCAUCGCGGCCGAGACGCAGCCGCGCUGCUACGCCGACAACCUCUGCCACCUCUUCGCCUACGACACCUUCGGGGGGCACAUUAAGGUGGAGGCCGGGUUCCGCUCGGUGCACAUCGAGGGCGUGGAGCUGCGCCACAUGGGACAGCAGCUGCUGGGCCACUACCCCGUGCACUUCCACCUGGCGGGGGACGUGGACGCGCUGGGGGGGUACGAGCCCCCCACGUACGUGCGCUCCGUCACGGUGCGGCACUCCUUCUCGCGCUGCGUCACCAUCCACGCCACCAGCGGACUCCUGGUGGAGGACGUGGUGGGGUACGACAUUCUGGGCCACUGCUUCUUCCUGGAGGACGGCCCCGAGCAGAGGAACACGCUGCGACACUGCGUGGGGCUGCUCGUCAAGCCCGGCUCGCUGCUGCCCUCGGACCGCGACGGGAAAAUGUGCCGCGCGGCCGCAGCCCUCGAGGCCUUCCCGGGGUACGAGCCGCGGCCCCGGCAGGACUGCAGCGCCGUGUCCACGUUCUGGAUCUCGAACCCCAACAACGACGUCAUCGAUUGCGCGGCUGCGGGGUCAGAGGAGGUGGGUUUCUGGUUCAUCUUCCACCACGUGGCCACGGGCCUCUCCGCGGGCUCCUACCCCCCCGGCUACACGGAGCACCUCCCCCUCGGGGAGUUCACAGGAAACCGGGCCCACUCCAACUACCGGGCUGGGAUGAUCCUCGAUCAUGGAGUCAAAACAACGGAGCCGAACGAGCGAGACAAGAGGCCCUACCUGAGCAUCGUGGGAGCCAGGUACGGACCCCACGAGGACGCGGACCCUCGCAAGCCGCGCGUCCCGGCGCUCAUCCAGGGGUUUACCGCUUUCAAGAACCAGCAGCACGGCGCGUGGCUCCGUGGCGGGGACGUGAGGCUCGACCACUGCCAAUUCGCGGACAACGGCAUCGGGUUGACCCUGGCGAGCGGCGGGACGUUCCCGGAUGACGAGGGCUCCAUGCAGGAGGUGCGCAACUCUCUCUUCGUGGGGGAGAGCGGCAACCUGGGCACCCCGGGGGGCCCCGGGGCGGUCCCCUGGGGCCCUGGGGGCACCGACGGCAAGAACCGCACCCUGCCGCGCGCCAGGAACUUCCCGAUGCGGGGCCUGCAGGUGUACGACGGCCCCAUCCUCGUGCGGGACGUUCUGUUCCGGCGCUUCGCGGCGCUCGGCUCGCGACUCGCCAGCGCCAUCGGAUUCCGUCUCAACAACUCGUGGCAGAGCUGCCCGCGGAACAACGUCACGGGCGUGCGCUUCGAGGACGUGCCGUUGUGGAGCCGCGUGUUCUUCGGGCGGCCGGGCCCGUGGUUCCACCGCAUGGAGCUGGACGGGGACCGCACGGCCAUCUUCCGCGACGGCGACGGCUCGGUGAGCGGCUUCCCCGGCGCCUUCCUCCUGCGCCACGACAACUUCCUGCUGCGCAACCCGGACUGCCUCGACGUGCCGGACUGGCGCGCCGCGCUCUGCAGCGGCCGCUACGCGCAGCUCUACAUCCAGGCGCGCAACCCGGCGUGGCUGCGUCUGCGCGUGGUGCGGAACGACUACCCGGGCAGGGGGAUGACGCUGGAGGGGGCCCUGGGCCGCGGGGGCCACUACCAGCAGUACCAGCCCGUGGUGGCGCUGCGCCGCGGCUACACGCUGCACUGGGACGGCCCCGCGCCCGAGGAGGUCACCAUCUGGCCCAUCAACUUCGACAGGGCCGAGUGGGUGCUGCUGGCGCUGUGCUACCCACGCGGCACGGCGUUCAGCGUGGUGCGGGACGUGCACGAGCGGCAAGGGCGCAGCACCAGGAAGGUCGGCGCCUUCUCCCGUGCCGCCACGCUGCACAAGCUCUCGACGCCGGCGCUGCUGCACGGGCGGAGGGAUCUCUACUACUGGGACGAGGACACGGGGCUGCUCUUCCUCCGCGUGCGCUCGCACUUUGCGCGCGAGGGCCACGCGUUCUGCUCGGUGCGUGGCUGCGAGCGUGUCAAGGUGAAGGCUCAGCUGCCCCACGCCGCCGCCGCCGCCGCCAGGGCCGACUGCGAGGCGCACGCCUACCCCAAGUACGCGACGGUCCCCGUGGCCGAGCUGCCCAUGCCGCGGCGCCUCGCCCGGCGCGACCCGGACGCACGGGAGGAGUUUGUGGAGGUCAAGCUCGAGACGCACUCGCUGCGCUACAAGCGGCAGUACGAGUACGCCGUCGCCGUGGUGGACGGCGUGAGCUUCCCGCACGCCGAGGACGGCCUGCAGCUGCUGGUGCUGGACGGCGGCACGGGGAAGGUGGCGGCGCGCAAGACGUUUGACGCGCAGGCGCUGCGCCGCCAGCCGGGCAGCCUGCAGCUGUACGUGACGCACGGCGUGCGGGAUGGCUCUGUGGUCCUGCUGACCUCGCGAGGUCACCUGCUGGCCGCCGAGGAGACCCUGAGGACCAAGGUGCUCCCUUUACUGGGGGCGGAGGUCAGCAGCACGCGACUGCACGACCGGCUGGUGUUCGUCGGGUACAAGGGCCCCGUGCGGCCCGACUGGGUGCGUCUCGUGAGCGACCGCUACUCGGCAAAGCUGCACCAGCUCAUCACCGUGCCACCGCGGCACCAGUGAUGCCAGAGGAGGAGGCGGAAGGAGGAGACACACGGGGGAGAGGAGACGGGGGAGACACGGGAGCAGACA